AUGUUUUUCAGCCGUCUGUCACUCGGCAAGCUAGCUGCAGUCGCUCUAUUGUCUCCAGCUUUAGUGUUGACCGCCCCUACACUCCGGCUGGUUAAUCGUGACGUGUCAUGGGAUUACAACGACGGUAUUGUCCGUGGCGUGAAUCUCGGUGGUUGGUUUGUCCUGGAGCCUUGGAUUACACCAUCAAUGUUCCCGGAUGAUGGUAGCGCUGUGGACGAGUACACGCUCUCUCAAAUUCUGGGCGGUGAUGCUCAGACUGUCCUGAGCAACCAUUGGAAUUCUUGGAUUACCCAAGACGACUUUAACCAGAUCGCCGGGGCAGGGCUCAACCAUGUCCGCAUCCCGAUUGGAUAUUGGGCUAUCGCGCCUAUUGCCGGUGAUCCGUACGUCCAAGGCCAGCUGGACGUGCUUGAUCAAGCUAUUGGAUGGGCUCGAGAUGUGGGCCUUAGGGUGAUUAUCGACCUUCAUGGAGGUAAAGUCAAGCACUUUACUCUUGAUUUCCAAGGUGACACGGUGCAACAAACCUUGACUGCGAUCAGGGGCCUGGCCGAACGCUAUGCGAAUCAGGCCGACGUUGUCACAGGCAUCGAACUGGUCAAUGAGCCACUCGGACCAGUGAUUGAUCUAGAUCAGCUGAAGCAAUUCUACUAUGAUGGAUGGGGGACAAUUCGCGACAGUAAUACAUAUACCGUCGUCGUGAUUCAUGACGCCUUUGAGCAACCGGUGGAAUUCUGGAAUGGCUUCAUGAACACUCAAGCGGGCGUCAACGAUGUGAUGCUUGAUACUCACGCAUACCAAAUCUUCGAUGACGGACAGGUGGCCAUGGAUCUAUCGGGCCAUGUCUCAACAGCCUGUUCCUUUGGCACUAGCGAGGUCAGCCCCACCGAUAAAUGGACGAUUGUCGGGGAAUGGACUGGUGCCAUGACAGACUGCGCCAAGUGGCUCAACGGACUCGGAAAGGGGGCAAGAUAUGAUGGCACAUUCCCUGGCAGUACUUAUGUUGGAAGCUGCGACGGCAAAUAUACUGGCACUGUUGCGGGAUUGUCGGACAGUGAUAAAGCCAACAUUCGCCAGUACAUUGAGGCACAGAUGGACGCAUACGAGCGCCGAACCGGUUGGUUCUUCUGGACUUGGAAAACGGAAAGCGCCCCUGAAUGGCAUCUUCAGGACCUUCUCGGCAAUGGCGUGUUCCCUCAACCCCUGACCGACCGACAGUUUUUACCAAUUUGCCAAAGGUGA